AGCCUGAUGUCAAAUGUUGACAGAGAAGAUAGCGGCAAUCAGUCCAAACUUUGAAUUGAGGACCUUCUAAUGUCACAUGAUGCGUAUGUCAAGCAGUAUGUGUUGUCCGGCGUCAAAAUGAAAGAGGCAAUUGAAAUCAUCAGCAGUCUCUUGUGAUGCAGCUGUUCUUAGUGGUCCUCGAGGUCUUCCUGGUCCUGUGGGUCAGAGAGGCAUGCCUGGGGUACCAGGAACACAAGGCUUGUCAGGUUUACAAGGUUUACCAGGAGCAUUUGGAAAGACGGGAGAUCCAGGUCCAGUUGGCCCACAAGGUCUUCCUGGUCGUGUUGGACCAGCAGGUCAGAAGGGGUCAAUUGGUUUGUCUGGUGAGAAGGGUGUACCUGGAGUGAGAGGCAAGGCUGGACCGAAAGGAGAAAAAGGCAACAUUGGAUUGCGAGGUUCUGUUGGAUUAAAAGGAGAACGAGGUGACGUAGGACCAAAAGGUGAAAACGGAGUAAAAGGAGAAGUUGGUCGUAAAGGAGAUGAAGGUAUUCAAGGUCCAGUGGGUUCAAGAGGUUUACAAGGAGUUAGAGGAUUUCCUGGAUACAAAGGAGAGGUAAGUUUAGUUUACUGUUUAUUACCAGAGGCCCGGAUAUCCGUGCUAAUGGUAUAGAAGUCGUCUGACAUACGACCGUAUUUAUACUCGAUUAGCACAGUUGCAAAUGAAGCUAUUCCGACCAAUAGACGAGAAAUGAUGUCAUCAUAAGCCUCCACCUUUCUUUAUUUGGCAGAUGGUACCAAGAAUUCGGCAAUCAGGCAACCAUCUUGUACAUGGUGUUUAGUUCUUUACUUUACAUAAGAGUUUAGCACAUAGAAACAACGUCUA